CGCAGGCAGACACAGAGCGCUGCGUUCACCCUGUCUUUCUCGGCUUCUCCGCUGCCAAGUGCUUGCUUGCUUCGACACCAACUGGCCUCGUCGUCCUGGAAUGCCUCGCAAGCCUCGUUCUUUGCGCAAUCUGACGUUGUCACCAAAGCGCUCUUCACCUCCACGUUCCCCUUCACCCACGUUUACAGAAGUUACUCGUGCCUCCGACAUGAAUUUUGGCGCAGACGGCCCAGAAAAGAUUAUUACCCGCUCAAACCUCAAAACGAGCUUACAAGCUUAUGAUGAGCUUAUGACUUCCAGUGCGAAUUAUCGUGCUGCACUGCUGCACAUGUCCAAAGUCACCGCAGCUUUUGCAGAUGCUAUCGAAAAGUGCGCAGGUCUCAAGGGACCGUCUUACGAAGCCAGCACACGGCUUCAGGCUGCUUCAGGGUUGCACCACCUCGUUGGAAACCACUGGCAUGUCCUGGCAGAGACCCUCGACAAGAAUUUCGAGAAGCCCCUCCGUCAGCAUUUGGACACUUAUCGGACCAUAGUCCAUGAACGCUCUGCAUCGUAUGAGAAAGCUCUUCGAGAAAAGAGCAAUAUUAUCCGCCAGACUGAAAUGAGCAAUUUGAAUAGGAAGCAACGUAACCUUCAAAGUUUCAGAGAAGCAUUGACGGUCCUUCAACAGCAAGUCAAUGAACUUGACGCCUUGAAAUCACAGCACUACCAAGAAAUUAUGGAACACGAAGAAGAAGUCUGGGAUGUAGUCCAAGCGAAGGUGUGCGUUGCAGUGCGCUCUACGAUGGACGUAUUUGAUCGGUUUACGGCAAAAGCUUCCGAUCCCGUUUUGGAGCAUAUGCUUCAGUCGGUCCCAGAUCCCUUCGAUUCGUAUGGGCCUCCCCAAGCGGAGGACCAAAUAUUCACCAUACUCCCUCCACUUGCUGUUAUUGCCAACACGCCCUCGCCUUCGGCAACACCGCUAACGACUACUCCCCCUGGUGCGGAGGCUCAACCAAGCCACUCUAACAGUUCUUGGACCGCUCCAGGGACGUUCUUUCCAACUCCAUCAUCAGAGUGGGCAGACACUCCGCCCCCGUUCUCCGACUUUGCGCGUUCACCUUCACCUUCCUCCCUGAAGCGCCGACAAUCACACCCCUCGACGGCAAAAGGUCAGUCACGCAAGGCAGACUCAAAGCUGCGUAGUGUCGUCGCUCUUGUCGACGAAACGGAUAUACGGCAUCCGCCGGACGCGUCGGAGGUUGAAGGUGCAAGACCGCAAUCCGAUUCAUGUAGAGAAGAACCACCGCCUGAGCACGAUGUAUGGGCCGUUUCGGGCACCAGUAAUGCAUCAUAUGACUCCGGAUAUUCUGCAAGUGGAGAGACAACGCCCCGUCGUUCAACGCUAUCGAUAACUUCUCUUGAUACGUACACUGAUGCAGAGAGAAGUCUGACUUCCGAUGAUCAACCUGAUCAUACCGUACAGCUCGUGACUUGAGCACCUUCGCAGCUUCUAGUUCGUUUGUUUUUAUUCCUUCCUUCGAUUGCUUUAGGCCAGCAAGGCAAUG